CAUUCCCUCUCUCUUUGCCUAUUUUACUCACCCAAAUUUUAUUAGAAAGAAAGAAAAAACAAACCACUGCCUACUUUUUUCCCAACAGAGCAGAUUUCCAAUUUCCUGCCAAAAUGAAGUGGCCAAUGCCGAGCGGAUGGCAAUUCAUCGUCUACGGCAGCUUCGUCGUUGCUUUAGUUUGCAUUGUCCAUUCAAUCGACGAGAUUCGUUUUGAGAGUCUCUUCAAGCUGGAUAGAAUACCCUUAUUCCUUCCCGAAACAUUUCACCAUUCAAUCAGCAAGUCUAUUGCUGGGAAUACGCCACCGAAUAGUACAAUCCGAACCACCACAACCACCGAAACCCCCAAAAAGCCACGGCAAAAAAUCCAAAUACCACUCAACUGCACAUUCGGUGUCCAUCUAACUUGCCCGGCAAACUACUACCCAACGAGCUUCUUCCCCUCCCAAGAUGAUCGAGACGUCGACCAUCCACCACCCACCACGUGCCCGGAUUACUUCCGUUGGAUCCACGAGGAUCUACGGCCGUGGAAGGAGACCGGGAUCACGAGGGACAUGGUGGAGAGCGCCUGGAUGGAGUCCAACUUCAGGGUGGUGAUACUCGACGGGAGGGCUUACGUGGAGAGGCACAGGAAGGGGCAUACUUCCAGGGAACUUUUCACGCUGUGGGGAAUCCUACAGUUGUUACGGAGGUACCCCGGAAAAUUACCUGAUUUGGACCUAAUGUUCAGCAUUGCGGACCAGUCAUCUAUCAAAUCGGCGGAUUACAGUGGGCCCAAUGCAACGGCCCCACCUCCAUUGUUCCGGUAUUGCGGAACAGAUGACACGUUGGAGAUUGUUUUUCCUGAUUGGUCGUUUUGGGGAUGGGCAGAGCUACAUAUAAAAUCAUGGGAGGGAUUUUUAGAGGAGCUAAAAGGCCGAGACAAGAGGUGGAUGGAUAAGGAGGCUUAUGCACACUGGAAAGGCACCCCACUUUCUCGAGAUAGAAGGGAUCUCUUCAAAUGCAAUAUCUCCGACAAACAGGACUGGGGCGCUCGCCUGUACAAACUGGAUUGGAAUAAAGAAAUACAGGAAGGGUUCAAACACACAGACCUGGGCAGCCAGUGUAUGCACAGGUAUAAAAUAUAUGUUGAAGGACGCGGAUGGUCAGUGAGUGAAAAAUACAUCCUUGCCUGUAACUCUAUUACCUUAUUGGUGAAGCCACGUUAUUAUGAUUUCUUCACAAGAGGCUUGAUGCCGAUGCACCACUAUUGGCCCGUAAAUAACGAUGACAAGUGCAGAUCUAUUAAGUUUGCCGUUGAAUGGGGCAACACCCACGAGCAAGAGGCAGAAGAUAUUGUGAAGGCAGCAAGUGACUUCGUUCACGAGGAUUUGAAGAUGGAUUAUGUGUAUGACUAUAUGUUUCAUGUUUUGAGUGAAUAUUCCAAACUCAUGAGAUACAAGCCCACUAUACCUGAAAAAGCAAGAGAAAUCUGUUCAGAGACAUUGGCUUGUAAAGCGAUAGAAUUACACAAGAAGUAUUUGAUGGAAUCGAUGGUGAAGGAUCCGACAGACGUGAGGCCAUGUAACAUGCCUCCUCCAUAUGAUCCUCGUGCGUUUCGCACGCUUCUCAGAAGCAAAGCAAAUUCAGUUAGCCUAGUAGAAUUGUGGGAGCAGAGAUACUGGGAGAGAGAAUCAAACAAUACAUAA